CAGUGACGCAGUAAAACCAGCAAAACCCACACAGCGACACAAAAUCAGCGAAAAUGGAGAUUGUGUACGUGUACACAAAAAAGCGCAGUGAGUUCGGGCGCCAGUGUAACUUUUCAGACCGUCCAGCUGAGCUGCAUGUGGACAUUCUGCCUGACAUUUCCCUCGCUGCAAACUUCAUAGUGAGAGAUCCAUGUAAUGUGACGGUUCAGUGCGCAGAGGAAAUGUCCGAGCAUGAGGUGAACACAGAGCGCUUUGAAUCAGAGUCCCGAGGAAUAAACCAUGUGGAAGGAGGCUGGCCGAAAGAUCUCAAUCCAGAGGACAUGGAGGCGACCAUACGCUACAGGAAGAAAGUGGAGAAAGACGAACACUAUCAGAACACCAUCAUGCAGAUUGCUGGUCUCAUGGAACACUGUUGCAAGCAGAACAAUGCCACUGACAUCUACCAGGAGUUUUUUGAGGAUGAGGAUGAGGAGGUAGUGGAGGAAUCGGAGGAACAGCCAUCAGCGAAGACAAUCAAUGUCUUCAGAGACCCGAAUGAAGUGAAGCGCACAGCCACCAGUUUGUCCUGGCACCCCGAUGGAAACCAUAAACUUGCUGUCUCCUACUCUUCCCUGGAGUUUCAAAGAGCACCCAAUGACAUGAGCUUCGACUCCUACAUAUGGGACAUUGAAAAUCCCAAUAAACCUGAAAUGACACUGAAACCUGUAUCUCCACUUGUCUGUCUGGAGUACAACCCGAAAGAUUCACACAUUCUUGCUGGGGGAAGCUACAAUGGACAAAUCGCAUAUUGGGACACUCGUAAGGGCAGCCAGCCAGCAGAGAUGUCCACAAUCGAACACAGCCAUAGAGAUCCUGUCUACAAAGUCAUCUGGCUGCAGUCGAAGACAGGCACGGACAUCUUCUCGGCUUCUACAGAUGGCCAGGUACUGUGGUGGGACAUUCGUAAGAUGAGUGAGCCCACUGAGAGACUCGUACUGGACCCUAGUAAAAAGGGGAACCUUGACAAUGCCCUUGGUGCCGUCUCGCUGGAGUUUGAGACCACUAUGCCCACUAAGUUCAUGGUGGGCACAGAGCAGGGUCUUGUGGUUUCAUGCAACCGCAAAGCAAAAACCCCUGCUGAGAAGAUCGUAUGCACAUACAGCGGGCACCACGGUCCCAUUUACGCCCUGCAGAGGAACCCGUUUUUUCCGAAGAACUUCCUGACUGUGGCUGACUGGACCGCCCGCAUCUGGUCAGAGGAUAUCAAGGAGUCCUCCAUCAUGUGGACAAAGUAUCACAUGGCCCAUCUGUUAGAUGGCUGUUGGAGUCCAGUCAGACCCUCGGUCUUCUUUACAGUAAAGAUGGACGGCACCUUGGACGUGUGGGACAUCUUGUUUAAACAGAACGACCCCACUCUCAGUCUCAAAGUUUGUGAUGAAGCCCUGUCCAGCAUCCGGGUGCAAGAUAACAGCCGCUUCCUGGGCUGCGGCUCUCAGCUGGGAACCACCACACUGCUGGAGAUUUCAGCAGGCCUAUGCACACUCCAGAAGAACGAGAAGGCCAUGGUCUCAGAGAUGUUUGAACGUGAGACCAAGAGGGAGAAGAUUCUGGAAGCUCGGCACCGAGAGAUGCGUCUGAAGGAGCGCAGCCGCUCCGAGCAGAGCCGAGAGGACGAGGGCAAAGAGGCAGACGGGGAGGAGAGCGCAGAAGAGCUUGUGGCCCGUGCAGAGAGGGAGUUCUUCGAAAUCAUGGAAGCCGAGAAGAAGAAAGAGUGGAACGAGGAGAGACAACGAGAGAAGGAUAAAGGUGUGUGUGAAGAGAAAGAUUUCCAGGAGCAGCAUGAAACUAACGGUGUUUCUUCCUUUAAAAGGAGCGAAAUCUCUCUGUAGAUUGCCAACACUGAGCUGGUCUCACACUCAGAUCAUGUUUGCAACCCGUUUUACUUCCAUAAUUUGAUGUAUUUCUGAGUGAAAUGGGAUAUUCAGUGAGAAAACGUUUAUUUAUCAUGAACCAGCUGGAUUGUGUAAAGUGGGCAUUAAAUACCAGAAGUGGACUGGAGUUUCACACCAUGACCAAGAACUCUGUAAAGCUGCUUUGAAACAAGAUGUAUUGUGAAGAGUGCUAUACAAAUAAACUUGACUUGACCAGGAAUGUGCAUUAAGAAAGUUGAUUGGUGAUUUCAUGUUGAAUUCAAGGAAUAAAUGCAACAAAUGUUUGUUGUCUUUCUUAUGUUAUGUCAUGUAAGUGACUAAUGCAAUAAAAUGCAUUUAGCAUUUUUAA